AUGAAUAAGGUCCCAGUUCGAGUCGAUGGGAUAUUUAGGCUCAGAGAUGUGUUAGAUUCAGGCUCAUACGCUGUUGUAUAUUCGGCACGGAACAUUAUCACUGAUGAUUCUGUUGCCCUCAAACUCGAAACUGUUGUCAAUGAUUCAUCUUCUGUUGAGCGUGAAUACCACAUUUUGAAACAACUUGAAGGUGGACUUGGCAUUCCCCGCACCCUCUGGUUCGGUAGAGAGUCAGAGACCAGUUGGUCACUCUCAUGUCUUGAGUAUAUACACUCAUGCAAUUAUGUUCACGGUGACAUCAAACCGCAGAACGUCUUGGUGGGUCUCAGAACUCUGAGGCACACCACCUUCAUCAUCGAUUUCGGUAUCAUGAAGACAUACUGGAACACCACAACCAGUGACCAUGUACCAUUUUGCCAUGGUCGACGUCUAUCUGGCACCCCUGCAUUUGCCUCAAUAAACACUCACUUAGGAGUUAAGCCAGGUCGUCACGAUGAUCUUGAGUCGCUCACUUAUAUGUUAAUCUAUCUCUUAUGUGGCUCUCUUCCAUGGUUAACCAGCGAUGACGAGAAGUUGCCCACCUCUACCAUACUCGAGCACAAAGCACAUGCUACCAUUGCGGAUAUUUGUCAUGGAAUCCCCGUUGAGUUCGCGACAUUUCUUAUUUACACACGCUCUCUAGCAUUUGCAGAGGACCCUGACUACAAUCACCUAUGUUCAUUACUUCGAGGUCUUUGUGCCGCAUUGCCUACACCAGCCACAUGCAGGUUGGAUUUCAAUCAACCUGAUGAUGUUGUCAUGCAUCCUCCUCCGUUAUCUGAUCAACAUUGCGUGGCUGAAGCAACGUCACCGCAUCCACCAAAGGCAAUGCGUAGAUAG